CACACUGGCUCGCGCAGAAGCCAGAAGGUUUUGAGCCAGCACGCGCUGGUUGUCAGAAAACGAAAUAUCCGUCAAUACGCGCGAUGGUCUAUUCUUCCGUUGUCCCACGGAACGCCUUCACGCUUUAGCUCGUCUACGUUGUCGAGGAACUGGUGAUGGCCUCUUUUAACGAGAAGCUCGUCCAAGAAGUGAAAAAGCACAAACAGCUAUGGGACCAGCACUCCAAGCUGCACAAGGAAGCGAGCUUCAGAGAAGCUGCUUGGACCCAAAUCGCCGAAUCCCUCGCCGUGACAGUUGAAGAGUGCCAGACGAGGUGGAGAACUAUUCGUGACACUUACCUUAAGAGGAAGAAAAGGCAAAGAAACGGAGUCAACAAGGGACAAUGGAACGUCUUGGACAGAGAACUCUCAUUUCUUGAUGACUUCCUCCGGCCCAGGACGCGAUUGGCCCGAGUAAGGGCUUUGAAGGCGAACGUCAAAAUGGAGGCAGAAGAUCCACAGUCAGACGAGGGAAGCGCGGAGUCCAUCUAUGGCAGUGUUGUGGCCACACAGGAUGUACAGCAGGAAAUGCAGUCGGUGGAAAAACAGCUCUUGGUUGAUGGUCGUUCUGCGUGUGACUCCACUACGGUCGACUAUGCUGUUAUGGAGUACCUCAGAGAGUUCCAAAGAACAGACCCCGAAGAACUGUUCUGCCUUAGCCUGGCACCGCAUCUGAAAAGGCUCUCUCCCAAGGAGAGGACUAUGGCGAAAAUGCAGAUGCUGAGGACGUUACACGAGUUUGAGUUUGGAGACGCUGAGUCAACUGAGGAAAUAAUAGACUAAGUUGCACAGGAACAAAUCAGUUUUCUUAAAUCAAUGCAUUAAAACAAUUUGUUUCCGUUU